GGGGGCGGGCUGCACACCGAGGGAGACAAAGCCUUUGCACAGUUCCUGACGGAUGAGAUCCAGGAGGAGAAGAAGAUCCAGAAGCACAAAUCGCUGCCCAAGGUGUCCGGGGGGUGGGAGCUGGAGGUCCAUGGCACAGAGGCCAAGCUGGUGCGGAAGAUCGCGGGGGAAAAGAUAACUGUUACAUUCAACAUCAAUAACAGCAUUCCACCCUCGGCUGAAGAAGACGCUCAGGAGCAGCAGAAACCUGACGAGCAGGAGCCUGAACUUACAUCAACUCCAAACUUUGUUGUGGAAGUAAUAAAAGAUGAUACGAAACAGACCCUUGUGCUUGACUGCCAUUUCCCUGAAGAUGAGAUUGGACAUGAAGGAGAGGAAGAAAGUGAUAUUUUCACAAUUCGGGAGGUCAGCUUCCAGCCCACUGGAGAAGCUGACUGGAAGGACACCAACUACACCCUCAACACAGAUUCCCUUGACUGGGCUCUCUAUGAUCACUUGAUGGAUUUCCUGGCUGACCGAGGAGUGGACAACACCUUUGCUGAUGAGUUAAUAGAGCUCAGCACUGCCCUGGAGCACCAGGAGUACAUUAAAUUCCUUGAAGACCUGAAAAGCUUUGUCAAAUGUCAGUAGGUCAGGCUAGGAAACUUAUCCUCAAGUGUGGGUAUUCCACAGUGCUGCUACAUCCAGCAAUACCCAAAUAUAUCUUCACAGUGGAUACAGAGAGUAAGUAAUGUGGAAGUUGGAGAAUGGGAGAGCGAGGAUUCUCACUUGGAUUUGGGGAUUUGCAGUGAUGGUGCAGCCCCAGUCACAUUCUCCCACGCUAUGGGCCAGAAUUGCCUUGCCCUGCAUGGGGUUUUUUGUACAUUAAGAGUGAAUGUGAAGAAUAAAACUGUUCAACAUAUCACUGAAAA